AAGGAGCGCGUGAAUGUGGCGCGAAAAAAGCCCAGCGCCAACCGCCAGAUUCCAGAAAGCUCUUCACGACUCAGAAAGCAGCUGUGUAAAGCAAUGGUAUACGCACGGGCUGUUUGGGUGGAGAAUGGGAAGCAGAUGGAAGGAGUUUUGCCAUUGAACUGGAUUGACACAGAGACCAAAGUGGUGCGAUGGCCUUUAAAAAAUGUGUCUGUGGCACAUAAGCACCUUUUACAACCAGAAGAGGACUGGUUAAGCUUUGAAUUUCUAAAAGUCAAAGUGACAUCAGUAAGCCGACAGGAGUGUGAAAAAUAUAAUUACACCUCAGCUCAAACCGAAGAGGAGGACACAGUCAGUCAAAAGAGAAUGAAGAAAAGAAGGAAAUUUGAAGAUUAUAUUCAAGGGUCAGAUUUGUCUCCUGAGGAGGAUGAGUCAUUGCCAGACAAGAAAAAGGGACAAAAUGCAAUGCUGCUCGAGUUACCUGCACCCCCAGAACUGGCUAACACCACCAUUAGACAACCAGAGAGUCCUGCAUCUUCAGACAUUUCGGGAUGUUCUUGUCCAACGCAUCACCGUUCGCCCACAAGGUCUGAAUCAUUAGAAGCAUUUAGUCCAGAGUCAGACAGGUCUAGGCGUUCUCGCACAUCUCAGCGUGGAGUUCGAAAGCAAUCACAGUCCGGGAGCAGAAAGAGUCGGGAGUCCUCAUCCAGAUCUAUAGGUUCUCGCACACCUCAGCGUGGAGUUCGAAAGCAAUCACAGUCCGGGAGCAGAAAGAGUCGGGAGUCCUCAUCCAGAUCUAGGCGUUCUCGCACACCUCAGCAUGGAGUUCAAAUGCCAUCAGAGUCCGAGAGAGGCUUAUUCCCCAUGUCUCAAGCUAAAUACCAGAAGCUAGAAACCUUUGAAGAUUUUGCAGAAGAAGAGGCACGUCUCAAGGAACGCAACCUCUGGGAACAAAGGGCUUUUCACCAACAGCCUAAUGGCUGCUUUCAACAUGAAGGGGCGGGGUCGCAGUGAGAAAAAAGCCUUCCAGGAUACCGUUCAUUACUCUGUGGUAAAAGCCGCAGUAAUGAAGUGGAGUAAAACAGCCACAGAAGUGGAAACCAGGGCUGCCAUGGCUGAGACACUUAAACAUGCUCCAGGGAGAGCUGGAGGUGGAGGUCGCAAAGUUUGAACUUUUAGUGUACAUUUUCUUUCUUAGAGUUGUUUUGUUGACUCUUGGAAAGUGAACUGUGUUGGUUACUGGACCCCGACCUAUGUUUAUUGGACUGACUCUUAUGUGAAAUAUCUGUGUUGGUUACUGGACCGACCUAUGUUAAUUGCACUACUCUAAUGUGAAAUCUGUGUUGGUUACCGACUGUUUGCACUAUUUAAAAUGUGCUGUUUUAAUUAAUAAAGUGAUUAUAUGCUAACCCUUUAAA